AUAGCCUCUAUAGAGGUUCUUUUCAUCAUUCAACUGCAAGCAAGCAAGUGGAGGUUUGCUGCUUUUCUCCCAACACAACAUGGAGGUGGCAUCCUGUGUCCAGGACGUUGGCAGCCAUGCAGUGUCACUGUUGGCUUAUCUGAACCUCCAAAGAGAGCAAGCUCAGUUCUGUGACUGUGUGCUCCUACAGAGACAGAGCCCAGCUCAGCUCUACCCUGCACACAGGUGUGUUCUGGCAGCUUCUAGUCCAGUGCUGGCAUCUAUCUUGUCUUGCACUGGUGCCCUGGUGGAACUUCAGGCUCCAUGUCUGUCCGACGCUGUAUUGGCACCUCUUUUGGACUACAUUUACACAGGAGCUGUGCCAUACGCUGGUAGCCAGCAACAGUAUUACAGUCUGCUCACUGCCGCCUGCUACCUGCAAAUGGUUGAACUGCAGGAGGCUCUGACAGCCUGGCAACAAGCUGAGGUGAAUGCUGCAGAAACUGCUGAUGCUUCCUCUGGAGCUGAAAAUCAACCAUAUAAAGACAUUAAGAAAACUUAUAGGACAACUGUGAACACCUUCAGUGAUCUGCGGCGAACAUCCAGCAGCGAUGCCUUCAGAAGAGUUGAGGAAACAGACACUCACAGUGUACAAAGUGCUACAAGUUCACCGGAGAGAGAAGCUCAUCAGUAUUUAGCAAAUGUGGAAACAUUUAGUGAAACUCAGAUGCAUUCAGCCAGUAGAGAUUUAAGAGACCCAGAAACAGUUACAAGUAGAAAUAACAGUAAACAUGAUGCCAACAACUGUAGCACAUCAGCUGCAAACACUUCAAGCAGUGAAAGUGAUGCAAAUGCAGGCGACUACAGACAGGUAGCAUAUCAGACACGGCAGGAUUUGAUUCGGAAUAGCCCUGGCAUUUCUGAAGUUCAUGACGUGUCUGAAGUGGACAAAGAGGUCCAAAUGGAUCAGUUUCAUUUGACUGGCAUUGUAAAGUCAGAGAUCUGGCAGAAGAGCAAAGAGGAGGAGCCCGUUACAACAACCAAGGACAGGAGGAGCUCGUCCUCAUCACCGUAUCCAAGUUGUGGGGCAGUGCCCGUCAUCUGUCACAGCGGUAGAGCGGCUGUCCUCCAGCUGGCAGAAGUGUCUGCGGUGCCUCCGCACCGUCCAGCAUCCCGGCCUCCAGUCAGCUCCAGCAGGGCUCCUGUCUCACGGUCAGCAAGUACAGACAAUGACGGCAUUGUAGAGGGUUUUACCACUAAACACGAAAGUCCAUAUGGAGCACAGAAUCAGGACUACAGACACAAUAACCACCACACUGUAACACAAAGUCGGGAUUACCACGAUAGUUCAGAUCAGUGUGCUAUACAGGAUUUUAGUUACACAUCCAGUGCAGGUAGAGCUGAUGUGUUGAAACAGGAUUACAACAGCAGCAAUACAGAGCAUUUUAUAGUACAGAAUAAUGAACGUAUUAGACAAGGAUUGUCCCACAAUACAGAACAUCUGAGGGAUGACUCAGUGCCACAGAAUACAGACGGGAACAAAGGGUUAAAGUCUAAAAGUGACCACAGUCUUGAUGAUUUCCCCUCUAAACAUAAGCGACUAGAUUGUUCUGAGUGCCACAAUGUCUCCUUGGCAACUGCAACAGAGCAGCACUCACAAAGUCUGAGAGCUGCAGUUUCACUUCCUGUAGAGCACUCAGACACACAGAGGAACUCUCACCGUAAAGAUUUAUGUCCCGAGGGAGAAGCGAAAGAGGAACACAGUUACUCGAGCAGGUGUCCGGCUAAAAUGGAUGUGCAGGACAGCCGCUGCAAUCUCUAUGUGCAUAAGAUAAAUUGGUACUCGAACAUGUAUAGAGCUGGAAAAAGUACAACAGAUUGUGCCACUAGCCAGGAUGAACAUGAUUCAAAUAACAGACAUACAGCUAUGCAAAGCAGAGCACACAGUGUUGAUAUGUGUCCGCCUGUCUCCAUCACACCAGAGUCGAGCUUGGAUAACGUCUCUGGCAGGCGCUCUCCCUUUGAAUGCUGCUCAUCUGUGGAACCUGAACAGAUCUCAGGCACUGAGACCACAGAGCCAUGCUUAUCUCUUACAAUGACUGUGGACAGCAACAGUGCUGUGGGCCAGUCUUACCGUGGACAUCUUCAUUAUCACUGCCUACCACAGGAGGACGUGCACUUAUCACAUGGAGACGGCGAUCAUAAACACACCCAGGCUAACCGCUCUGAUCACUCAGGCGAGUCGAGUGAUGAGGAGGCCAGUCCAGGUCCUCUGAAGCAGCACUUUGCCGCAGGGACAACUGACAGAGUUGUCUUGCUGGACAUUAGCACCAAACCUGCUGAGCUGCUCGUAUCCCGCAAACACAGAUCUGACGGCGAAGAGAGAGGAGUCGGAGAAAAGAGCACCUUUAAAAUUAGGAUCAGAAAUGAGAGUUUUGAUGAGGCUGAAAGGAAAUCUUGGGAUGGACAGACAAAUGGUGAUAAAAGAAAAUCUGCAGAUGACGACCAAAGCAGACCAGGAGCUGAGGUCAUACAAAAAGCUGAGGUCUUGGAAGUAGUUUCCGACCCGAAAGAAGGUGAGAACAAAUUCGGUACCUGGACAGCCUGUUCAGCUCCCAGUGUGUCAGACUCUGCACAAGCCUCCAUGUCAUCCACCUUGUCUGUUUGCAUACCUUCUACCCUUUCAGCCAGCGUGCCAUCAAACAUUUCAACUCAUCUGUCAAGUCCUGCUCACCACCCUUUCCAGUGUUCUCUAUGCGAUCGUUCCUUCAGCCAGCGAGGCUCUCUGAAUAGACAUGUGCGCAGCCACCUUGGCGUAAGGCCCUUCCCCUGUCCCCACUGCCCUAUGACCUUUUCGCGGCAGUACCGUGUCACAGAGCACAUGCGUGUUCACCAGCGCUGCGCACUUGGGACUGACUUUCAAAAGCCCCCUGCCUCGUCGAUUUGAGACGAUGCAAAGAGGCGCCAAAUCUGAAAUUUGUCAUUGAGAGACAGUGAUAUUCAAAUGCAUUGUUUUUUCCCCCCAAUAGCUCGCUUUAAGUUUGUCCUGCUGGCGCUGCAAUGUGAUAACAGGCUAUUUUUAAUGAUGUGGUGGAAAAACAACAAGCACAUAAGUAUUUAAAAGAGGUGCAGUGUUUCUUUCAGUUAACAAUGCAACAAGGCAACUUGUUUGUGGAAGCUGUCAUUCAUAGUGAUCAGCCAACAGAGGAAAUGCCAAGGCACUUCCCCUCAGAACCAUGGUGCUUUAAUCGUUUUAGGUCUGCACCUUCAUUUCUUUAAUUCAAACUUAACUCUGUUGGUAGCGGAGAAGUCUGAAAAAGACCAAGUAUGUGAACCUGCCGAGAAGAAAAUGUCAGACAGAUACAGUUAGCAUCUAGACGGAGAACAAAGUUCCCUUUGGUGUAGAUCAGUGAAUGCCUUAAGUGGCUAGAAUUUUUUAUUUUUUUUAUUAUAGAAGUGGCUCAUAGUGAUACAGAGAUGAUCACUUGAAUCUGCAGUUCCCCUUUUCUUUUCCGAUCUUUACAGUGAGUUAAACUUUCUGUUUAGCCGUCCCACCUGCAGCUUACUGUUUUGGCAGCUAUUUUUUUAUUUUAUUUAUAAAUGAAACUGCUCUACAAACCCACUGUGCUCUACCAGCACCAAACAGGGGAACACGGUCGAGCAUUUAGCAGCUAAGGAGCGAGAUAUUUCCUUCCAGGAGUUGGUAGAGACCAAAAAUGGCAAAAAAGACAGUGAAUAACGGGCCUCCAUUGGCCAGGUAGCCGGAACCAUGACUCCAAAUGAAUGAAAAUGUUUUCCUGUGUCUGCUGAAUAUGUAACCGCAACAACUUUUAAAGUGAUGGAUGAUAUGCUGCAUUCACAGUUUGUUUUCUUUGCUCCCAGGUGACCAAAAAAUAAGUAAAAAAAAAAAAAUGCAAAUGAUUUAUUCAUUCUAUUCUUGCACUAUUUGCUGUGGACUUCAGCAGAAGUGUUAAUUUAUAGAUUAAUGACAGAAACAAAAAUACCCAAUUUUAGGCUCAUAAUGCAUGUUUUUGAAGUAAUUUUGAAGUUUAUAACCAGAAGCAUCACAAGUCAUUUCAGCGUUUUUAACUGUAAUGCAGAACUCUCAUGUUGCAUAAAAGUGUGCUUACUGCAGGCAGAGUUUUACAAGUCAACUUCAUUCCAUCCAGUACUCAGUAGGCAUUACAUAGCAUUACACAUGACACUGUGACAAAUGUAUAAGUGAUGUCUCACACACUGUCCCCUGUAAGUGAAGACAGUACCUCGGGUGUCAGAGAGAGCUGUGAAACACGAGCUGAAGGUAGAAAAAAGCAGAAGGAAGAAACAAGUGUCAAGGGCAGCCGUGAGGCUCUCUGCGUGUCCCGUCUUAUCAAUGCCAAACUUGUUCUAUAAAGGAUAGGGAACGUGGAAGGAACUGUUCUGUAUUUAACACUGCAGAUAGUACAAACAUGUAACAGCUUAGCAGAGGUGGUUGGAGUUGUUAAUGUUACAUCUUCAUGCUCUGCAGCUCCCACUCUGUUGUUUGGAUAAAAGGAAAAACAGCAUCUCAGUCAUUUAAAAUGUCUAAAUAUUAACCUGGAUGUGUGUUUCCAAUUAGCAAUGAGCUCAACACAUUGGCUUCAGUAAUAAACCAUUCAAAUGGCU